UUUGCUUUCCUCCCGCACAGAUCAUGUUUUGUACUUUGAACACUCAUAAAGUUGAUAUGGACAAGCUCUUAGGGGCACAAAUUGGCCUUGAGGAUUUCAUAUUUGCCCACAUAAAAGGACAACGAAAAGAAGUGGAAAUUCUUAAAACCGAUGAUGUGCUUGGGCUUACCAUUACAGACAACGGAACUGGCUGUGCGUUUAUAAAGCGAAUCAAAGAAGGCAGCCUUAUGGACCAAAACAAAAUGAUCUGCGUGGGUGACCACAUAGAGACUAUAAAUGGAAAAAAUGUGUCAGAUUGUCGGCAUUAUGAAGUUGCCAAAAUGCUAAAAGAUCUAGAGAAAGGUCAGAUGUUUAAGCUGGAGUUGAUAGAGCCUAUGAAAACAUUUGAAAAGCUGGAACCAAGGUCCAAAGGUGGAACUCUCCCAGAGGCUAAAAUCUCCAGAGGGAGAGAAACUCUUCGUCUGAGAACCAAAGGCCCUGCUACUGUGGAGGAAACGCCAACUGAAGUUGAAGAAAAAGCAAUUAAAAAAGUGGAUGAGCUUCUUGAAACAUACAUGGGGAUAAGAGAUAUUGAAUUAGCUGCAACAAUGGUGGAAGCUGGAAGAGACAAGAAAAACCCAGAUGAAUUUGCUGUGGCAUUGGAUCAAGCUCUUGGAGACUUUGCAUUUCCAGAUGAGUUUGUCUUUGAUGUAUGGGGAGCAAUAGGUGAUGCUAAGCAAGGACGACUGGAAUGAGAACUAUGCAGUUUAUCAAUCCCUAUUUUAAAAUACAGAUUUAUUUUCAAAUACAUACAUCAGAAUUUUAUUACUUUUAUUGAUAUGAAUC